AUGGGCGAUGUAGGCAGAAGCAUUUAUAUACGGCCUGAUUUGGCUCUGGGACUACAAGAUGGCUUUAAUGAUCCAGCGCCAUUGUGGCAUGGAUUCGAGAUUAUCAAAUCGCCACAAGCAACUUUUGAACCUCCGGGCUUUCAGACUAGUGACGAACAAGCUAGAUUUAACAGGCCAGCCUUAUGGGCAAAAGUAGGCGCACGCUCAUAUGGUCCUGGAGCUUAG